CAGCUCUUGGUGGGUGGAGAAGAUCGCCGCAACCCACCUGCCGGGAAUCAAGUGCCGAACUUUUAGCAGGCUUGUUGCCCGAAGUACCUCUGAGGGGGUUAGUAUGAGAGCUAUGAAAGUGCUAAUUUUCGAUGAAUAACUAAGUUCGACAAGCGUAAGAACUUCGCAACUUUGUUACUUAUCAUAUCCCAAAUCCUUCAGAGGCUCGCCUUAAAGCAACAUGGCGGAGAGAAAGCUGCAUAGAGCGCCUCCAUUCCGGGCGGAGCACAUGGGCUCGUUGUUGCGCCCACAAAGCCUACUUGACGUUCGAGAAAAGAUUGCUACGCAGGGCUUGACUCCAGAGCAAGCCGGACUGGGGCCGGUUGAAGAAAAGGCCGUUGGCGACAUCGUGAAAGAACAACUUGAUCUGGGCUUCAAAGCAGUUACGUCUGGCGAGUUCGUUCGGACUCGAUUUUGGGGCCUGUUCUGGGACGAGUUGGAAGGUACAACGAGGCUACAAGAUGCCAAUGCAUCCAUGUUCCGGCUAUACCACCCGGAUGUAGUUUCUCUCAUCGAGAAGGACAGAAAGGUUAUGCCAGGAGAUUCGGUAAUUGCUGGUGGUAGGAUCAAGCAUUCUGGCACGACUUCCAACCUGCAUGAGCUUCAGCUGGUGCAGAAGUUCGUGCCAAAGAGCGAUUGGGGUAACAUCAAACUCACAAUGAUAACUCCAGCGUGGUUUCACAUGCGGUACAAACAAAACAAGGCCUGGGCUGAAGGAGUGUACAAGGAUGAUGCCGAAUACUUUGCGGACGUUGCAAAGGCGUACCAAGUUGAACUACAGAAUCUUUAUGAUGCCGGGCUCCGUAACGUGCAAUUCGACGAUCCCGGCCUUGCCUACUUCUGUUCAGACGUGUUCCGCAACGGCUGGGCCGAGGACAAGGACAAUAUUGGCACAGUCGAUGACCUGCUUGAUGCCUACAUCAAACUCUAUAACGAUUCAUUGUCUAAAGUCCCAGAGGAUAUGCAUACAGGUGUUCAUCUUUGCAGAGGCAACUUCAUCGGUGGUCGGCACUUCGCUGAAGGAGGCUACGACGUUAUUGCCAGCAAGCUCUUCCGUAACCUAAAAGUCGAUACAUUCUAUUUGGAAUAUGAUACUGAGCGUGCAGGAGGCUUUGAGCCACUGAAGCACCUUCCGACGAACAAAAAUGUGAUCAUCGGAGUAGUCUCUACAAAAUUGGCUACACUCGAAGAUGCAGAGUUGAUGAAGGAAAGGAUUUACAAGGCUGCAGAUUUCAUCGCUGAGGGAUCGGGCCAGACGAGGGAUGAAGCACUUAAACGAAUUGGUGUCAGCCCACAGUGUGGAUUCAGCACCCAUGAGAGCGGAUAUCCGUUGAGUCAUGAUGACCAAAGCAAAAAGUUGGCUUUGGUGAGACAGAUUGCAGAUGAUAUCUGGGGCGAGCCAUAAACACAGAGUCUUCACAAGAACAAUGGGUCCUGAACAUAAUGCUGUUUGUGUGUCAGAAUGGUCACGUGCGAAACGAUCUUGCUCAAUCCAAUGAAAUAACUUGUAGGUUAGUCAAUCGCCCGUCUAUCUUCAAAAAUCAAUAAUAUGGAGGUUGCAAGCUCUUCAACACUGUUCAAUUCAGGUCUUAAGUCCUUUGAUUGAGGAGCCGAAUAUCACUUUUUGAUGUUAAUCUCUCGCGUAACCGAUUGUACAUCAAACACCUGUUCCCAACUCAACAAUUCGAUCCACGAAGUUGGGCGUCCGUAGUACGCUACAACGGUAUCGUCUAUAAAGCAAUAUCGCAAUAAACAUCAGUUCACC